AUUUUUAUAAGUUUUGUUUCUUUUAUACAUAAAAAAAAAAAUAUUUUCUUUAAAAAGCAUCAGUUGUUUAUAUCGUCCCACAUCUCAAAUGUGAACAGUCUCUAUAGUCUUGAUUCUUGAAGUCUUCGUCUACAUAUCUUCCCUUCUCUUCUCUUGUCUCUUCUUGAAACUUCAACGUCUCUGCUUAAUCUCUCUCACCAUGUUCCGCCUCAGAGCUCACGGCAAGAAACCCAUUACCAUCACCACCACCACCACCACCACCGCCACCGCCUCAGAUUUCCUCUACUGGUCACCAGAAUCAUCCCCCAAAGCUCUAUCUUCUCCAUCAGACAUGGAUCCAACAAUCUGGUCUAACAUACCAAACCAUCUCCUAGAACACAUCAUCUCUUUCCUCCCUUUCAAAACUCUCAUCUCCUUCAGAUCAAUCUCACGCCAUCUCCGUUCUUUAAUCCUCUCUCCAUCUUUCCUCUCUGACCAUUCCUUCUCUCUCCCUUCUUUUCUCCUCCUCUCUCAUCCUCAAUCUCACAACUCUUUCCCUCUCUUCAACCCAAAUCUCAUCUCUUGGUGCACGUUACCACUCCCUCGUACCUUAUCACUAACAUGCUCCUCUUCUCUCCUCUCUUCUUCACAUGGCCUCCUCUGUUUCUCCUCUGUUUCUUCUCUCUCAAUCUUUAACCCUUUAACCAGAUCUUCAAGAUCUAUCAAGUUCCCUUGUCACUCUUUCCCUUUUGAGCUUCUCUCUCUUGUCACCUCCCCUGACAGCUACAAAAUCUUUACCCUUUGCUCAUCUUCCUCCUCCUCCUCCUCAAGAUCCGUUUGCCUCUACGACUCUAUUGACCGGACAUGGAGAAAAUACGGCGGCGUUGAUCAAAUCUUGCCUCGUGGGUUUAAUCAAGAUGGAGUCUUUUACAAUGGGUCACUCUACUUCGCUAGAUCCGAGCCUUUUAUAAUCGUCAACGUCGAUUUACACGACGGUAAAUGGACAACAACAUCCACCACCGGAGACGGUGUUUUUCCGGCGGAUCAUCACAUCACGUUUGCUAGGCUAGUUUGUGAUCAAGAAAGGAAGAUACUUUACAUGGUUGGAGGAAUCGGGAGCAAUGGGAUUUGUAGAAGUAUCAAGAUUUGGGAGUUUAAACAAGAAACUGAGACUUGGGUCGAAACUGAGACGUUACCGGACAUUGUUUGUAGGAAGUUUACUUCGGUCUGUUACCAUAACUACGAGCAUGUGUACUGUCUCUGGCAUAAGGAGAUGAUCUGUGUGUGUUGUUAUAAUUGGCCUGAGAUUUUGUUUUUUCAUGUUGGGAGAAGGACUUGGCAUUGGGUUCCUAAGUGUCCUUCGUUGCCUGAGAAAUGGAGCUGUGGGUUUCGUUGGUUCUCUUUUGUUCCCAGCUUGUCUGCUUCUGUUUAGUUUUAGUCUUCUUCAUUUCUAUUACAGUGUAUUCCUAUUUUUAUGUGUCUUCUUCUAUGAAUGGUUUGGUUGGUAUCUCUUUGUGACAUCAAAGAUUGGUUUAUUCUAUUGUUGGUUGUAAUUUAAUAUGAAACUAUAAUAAUAUUUGUUGUUUAGUACA